GCGGGCGCACUGGGCUCGAAAACCGAACUACCAUUACUAAGCACUGAGAGAGCCUGAGACUAUAUAUAGCGUCAAUUCCCGCCACGCACGAGAAACAAUUCCCGCCACCGCUACCACCACCACCGCCUCCUUUUAUGUUACGAUAACCCUUCCCUCACUGCACUCUGCAACACUCUCAACACAUCAAUGGGUCCUUCUCGUCGCAACAGCAAUGGUCGAUCACCGCUCGUCAAUCAACAGCGUCAAAUCACUUCGUUCUUCACCAAAACCCCGUCCCCCUCUCCCACCCUCGCCAAAACCAACCAAAAGCCAAACCCUAACCACGAUUCAGAUUCUAACCCUAGCCCUAGUUCCACGACUCUCACUCCCUCACCCCUCAAUCCCAAGCCGAACAAAUCCCUUCUUGUAAUUGGCGCUUCCGUUUCUCCACCCUCCGCUUCGUCUUCUCUCUACGGCCAAGAAGUCGUUGGCCGAAGGGUCAAGGUUUAUUGGCCUUUAGACAAAGCCUGGUACGAAGGUUCCGUCAAAUCCUUUGAUAAAAGCACCUCCAAGCACGUGGUUCGUUACUUAGAUGACGAAGAGGAAUCGCUCAUCCUAGCCCAGGAGAAAAUCGAGUGGCUCCACGAGUCCUCUACGAAGAAACUUAAACGCCUGCGUCGCGGAUUCUCCGACAUUAGGAAGAUGGAGAUUGACGAGGAAGAAUUAAAAGAAGAAAGCAACAAAGGAGAAGAAGAACAACAAGAUAAUGUUAACGAUGAUGAUGAUUCCAAUGACGAGGAUUGGGGGAAGAAUGCUGCAUCAUUGGAGGAUGCUGGGGAUGGGGAAGAAGAUACGGAUUUGGAGGACGAGGAUGAAGAGGACGUAGCCGGGAGUGCUAAAGGAAAAAAGGUUGAGGCUAAAAAGCGGAAACUAAGUGCAACGGAUAAACUAGAGCCUGCGAAAAAGAGCAAGAGUGGAGUGGAAGUUUGUAAAGGGAGUUUCAAGCUCUCAGUGAUGGAGCCUACUACUAAUUUGGAGAUUAAAAAGACAUCUAGUGGCGAUGACAAUGUUUCAUUUACUGAGACCUCUGAAAGAUUUGCAUCUCGUGAAGCUCAGAAACUGCGCUUCCUGAAAGUAGACCGCAGGGAUGCCAAGCGAAGAAGACCAGGGGAUGAAAACUAUGAUUCAAGAACUCUCUACUUACCUCCGGAUUUCUUAAGGAGUUUGUCAGAGGGUCAGAAACAAUGGUGGGAGUUCAAGUCAAGGCAUAUGGACAAAGUGUUGUUUUUCAAGAUGGGUAAAUUUUAUGAGCUUUUUGAGAUGGAUGCACAUGUAGGAGUUAAAGAGCUUGAUUUGCAAUAUAUGAAGGGAGACCAACCUCAUUGUGGAUUUCCAGAGAAGAACUUCUCAAUGAACGUGGAGAAACUGGCUAGGAAGGGUUAUCGAGUUCUUGUUGUGGAGCAGACUGAAACACCUGAACAGCUGGAGCUUCGACGUAAGGAGAAGGGCUCUAAAGAUAAGGUUGUAAGGCGAGAGAUAUGUGCAGUGGUAACAAAAGGUACAUUAACGGAUGGGGAGUUGCUGUCAGCAAACCCCGAAGCUGCAUAUCUAAUGUCCCUAACUGAGCAUCAUGAGAAACUUCCAAAUGAAAUUUCAGAUCAUAACUACGGUGUUUGUAUAGUUGAUGUUGCCACGAGUAGAGUUAUUCUUGGACAGUUUAAGGAUGACUUGGACUGCAGUGCAUUGUGCUCUAUCUUGUCUGAGAUCAGGCCUGUUGAAAUUGUUAAACCUGCCAAACUACUGAGUGCUGAAACGGAGAGAGCUCUGCUGAAGCAUACCAGAAACCCUUUAGUGAAUGAAUUAGUUCCAGGUGUGGAAUUCUGGGAUGCUGGCAAAACACUGGAUCAGUUGAAGAAAAUUUAUGGGAACGCUAGUGAUGUUAGUGUUGAAGAUAAUGGGUUAGACUGCCUGCCAGAUGUUUUACAGGAGCUGGUGAAAACAGGUGACAAAAGUAUAAGUGCACUUUCAGCACUAGGUGGUGCUCUCUAUUAUCUGAAGCAGUCUUUUCUAGAUGAGAGAUUGCUUAGAUUUGCACAGUUUGAGUUACUUCCGCAGUCUGGUUUUGAAGAACUUGCUUCAAAACACUACAUGGUUCUUGAUGUGGCUGCCAUGGAGAAUCUUGAGAUUUUUGAGAAUAGCAGGAAUGGAGAUUCUUCUGGCACACUCUAUGCCCAACUAAACCAAUGUGUUACUGCAUUUGGAAAGAGAUUGCUAAAGACAUGGCUUGCAAGACCGUUAUGUCAUGUGGAGUCCAUUAAGGAACGCCAGGAAGCUGUUGCAGGUUUGAAGGGAGUUAACCUACCAUCUGCUCUAGAAUUUCGUAGAGCAUUAUCCAAGCUACCUGACAUGGAGCGAUUGCUUGCACGCAUAUUUUGCUCUAGUGAAGCUAGUGGAAGGAAUGCUAAUAAAGUUAUUCUGUAUGAAGAUGCAGCUAAGAAGCAAGUACAAGAGUUCAUUGCAGCUCUCUGUGGCUGUGAACAGAUGCUAGAAGCAUGCUCUUCGCUUGGUGUCAUUUUGAAUAAUGUCCAAUCUAGACAACUUCAUCAUUUGUUAACACCAGGUAAAGGUCUUCCUGAUGUUCUGAUGGAACUUAAUCAUUUCAAGGAUGCUUUUGAUUGGGUGGAAGCUAAUAGCUCUGGGCGUAUAAUACCUCAUGAAGGAGUCGACACAGAGUAUGCCUCAGCCUGUAAGGCGGUUAAAGAGAUUGAGUCCAAUUUGUUGAAGCAUCUCAAGGGGCAAAGGGAACUACUUGGAGACACAUCAAUUGUUUACGUCACAGUUGGAAAGGAUGUGUACCUGUUGGAAGUCCCAGAAAAUUUGUCUAGGAAUAUUCCUCGGGAUUAUGAAUUGCGUUCAUCCAGAAAAGGCUUCUUUAGGUAUUGGACUCCAGAUAUUAAGAUUUAUUUAAAAGAACUCUCCCAAGCUGAAUUGGAAAGGGAAUCCUUGUUGAAAAAUACGUUGCAGAGAUUGAUUGGGCGCUUUUGUGAAAACCACACGAAGUGGAAGCAGUUGGUCUCUGCAACUGCAGAACUGGAUUUGUUGAUCAGUUUAGCAAUAGCUGGUGACUACUAUGAAGGACCAACAUGCACACCAACUUUUGUUGGUACAUUAUGUACUAAAGGAGCUCCUUACCUUCAUGCUAAAAGUUUGGGACACCCUGUCCUCAGGAGUGAUACCUUAGGCAAGGGUGCGUUUGUUCCCAAUGACAUAACCAUUGGUGGUUCAGAUCAUGCCAGCUUUAUCCUUCUAACAGGUCCUAACAUGGGUGGGAAGUCAACUCUUCUUCGUCAGGUUUGCUUGACAGUGAUUUUGGCACAGGUAGGAGCUGAUGUCCCAGCAGAAAGCUUUGAUUUGUCACCUGUUGAUCGGAUUUUUGUUCGAAUGGGGGCCAAAGAUAAUAUAAUGGCUGGCCAAAGUACAUUCUUAACUGAGCUUUCAGAAACUGCAACGAUGCUGUCAUCAGCAACUCGUAACUCAUUGGUGGCUCUGGAUGAGCUUGGGCGAGGGACUGCAACUUCUGAUGGACAAGCCAUUGCGGAAUCAGUAUUAGAACAUUUUGUGCGGAAGGUGCAGUGUCGCGGAUUGUUUUCUACCCAUUACCAUCGAUUAGCUGUAGAUUACAUCAACGAUCCCAAGGUCUGUCUCAGUCACAUGGCAUGCCAAGUUGGUGAUGGAAUUGCAGGUUUAGACGAAGUCACCUUUCUUUACAGGCUAACGCCUGGUGCUUGCCCCAAGAGCUAUGGUGUUAACGUUGCUCGGAUAGCUGGACUUCCAACUUCUGUGCUUCAGAAAGCUGCUGCCAAGUCUAGAGAAUUUGAGGCAAGUUAUGGUAAAUGCAGAAAGGGGUCUUCUGAAACAAACUCCCCCAAUAAAAUCUGGGUUGAUGAGAUAGCAGCUAUCAUACGAAAAUUGACCGAAGUUGCCACCAAUUUGAGUUGCCAGGAAACCCUUUCCGUUAGUUCCCUAAGGGAACUUCAGGACAAAGCACGAGAAUCGAUGCAGCGAUGUUAAACUAUUUAACAAGAUAGUUCAUUCUUUGAAGAAGUAAGCAUACUUCUACGGCCGUAUUCUCCGUUAAUAUCAUUCCGGACAGUAUACGGCCAAGUUUUGCCUUGUAUGCUGGUGGUCUAACAUUUCUGUUUUGUUGUGUAGCACAUGUAUAUAUUUUUGCACGUGAAGAGUGUCCGAUACGAGUUCGAUUAAUUAGGCUCACCCAUUGUACAUAUUUAGCAGCUAUCUAAUUGAAUUUUUUUUAUCUAAUACAAAUGUCAGCUUGGGUUUUCCUUCUA